AGUGAGACUGUGAGUAGUAUGCGCAUGCGCAGUUAUGACUCCAAGCUCCUCGCCUUAAUAAAAGAAAUGGAGGGUCGCCGCCACUGAUAUUUAAAGGGACAGUAGCCCAAAUGCCAGAAAACUGCGUUGAAGCUUCGGACCAGAGGCAACAGCAGGACUGAGCAGGCAAAAAGACAAUUACAAUGAAUUGCCCUUCAGUUCAACAGUGCCUUUCCAAGUGAAGUUCAAAGACUGGUUUGAGUCCUCCCUGCCUGCUGUUGUCAUCCCUGCCAUAGCCAUUGGUGUACCUGGGAGAUGGAUUUUUAUCUCCCAGCACUGUGACACCCCUUCCUUUUGAGCCUACUGUGAACUUCCAAGAGAGCCUGGAUAAAUGGAGCAGGAGUGCCUGGCUCUUGUUGCUGCCUGUGUUCAAACAUCUCAGUUGCUUAUACAGCAGUGGAUGUUCAACAGACGUACCCUGAUUUUUGCCAUAACAAGAAUUCUGCAGCGCAGGCGCUUCCGCCGAUCUGCUGCAGUGCUCCGGCGGAUCCUCUCAGCCAGUGUGCGCCGCAAGAGAGCCCUGCUGCGGCUUCACCGAAAUGCUGUUGUCUCUGUGGUCACCAUGGUAUACUCUUCUUCUCCUGCCCUGCACUAUGAGCAUGAACUGAUGGCCUUGUCAGAGAGGUCACACUGGAUGCUUCCAAGAUGUAGUGAAUGGUGGGAGCGGAUGAUUUCUUCAGAGCAGGAUGACCGGUGCUGGAUUUCUCUGUUCCGAAUGUCACGCUCUACACUGAUGUAUAUCGCUGAAGAGUUGCGCCCUGCCUUGCAACGUCGAGACACCGGCAUGCGGUCACACAUACCUGUUGAAAAAAGGGUUGCCAUGACCAUCUGGAAGCUAGCUCACCAUGACAGUUACAAGACUGUCUCAGAACUCUUUGGAGUAGGGAUUUCAUCUGCUUGCUCAAUAUUUGAAGAGGUCUGUGAGGAAAUAAACAGCAGGCUGUUGGCUCAAACAAUUCAGCUGGGAGAGCCACAGCAAAUCAUGGAAGGCUUCAAGGAAAUGGGCUUUCCCAACUGUUUGGGCGCAAUUGAUGCUAUACACAUCUCUAUUCUUUGCCCACCAUUUUCAGCUGAUUCUUAUAUCAAUUGUAAAGGUUUUUAUUCAAUGGUGUUGCAGGCCCUAGUGGACAGCAAAUCCCGUUUCACUGAUAUCUAUGUUGGCUUUCCUGAGCGGUCCCAUGACUCCCGCAUUCUGCACAACUCUCCGUUCUUCAACAGUAUGGAUGAGGGUGCCUUUGGGCCACAAACUUCAACAAUAUUGGAGGGCGUUUCAAUGACUCCAGUCAUAAUUGGGGAUCAUGCAUAUCCUCUUCGGCCCUGGUUAAUGAAGCCAUACCCAACGCCAAAAACUGAGGCUCAAGAGAAAUUCAAUGAGAGACUUGCUAAGUGCCGAGCAUGUGUGGAGAGAGCUUUUGGGGUCCUGAGAGCUCGCUGGAGAUGUUUGCAGAUGAGGCUGGAUGUCAGAGAGAAGCUCAUCCCAGUGGUCAUAGCUACAUGCUGUAUCCUCCACAAUAUCUGUGAGAUCAAAGGUGAUGAGUUGUUGGAACCGCUGGAAAUCCCUGUUGCUGCUGCUGCUGCUGCUGAAAACCAGAAUGGUUCAGCUAGGCCAAGGGUUCCAUUGUCAGAAGCAGGACUGACCAAAAGAGCCUGCCAGAUCAGGGCAGCUUAUUGCUCCUAUUUUGAAAGGAACCCAUUGUAAAAGGACAGGACUGUUGGAUGGGCCUGUAUACUGUGGAAUACUGAGGUCCUCUAUAUGGUACCAAGUUCUACAAAUACUAAAUAAAAAAUAAUGAUUUUGAAUAAUCCAUUGUUUUAUCUUUUUUUAACAAAUAAUUUUCUAUAGGCAAUUACAAACAGCAUGUCCUGUGUUGUUCUGAAUACAGUAUGAGACCAAAACCAGUGAUGGUAUUAAUGAGGGGCUGCCACCUGAAAAGCUGAGUAUAUAUAAAUCCCCUUAAUUCUUCUCUGAAACAUCUGCUGAAAUACUUUGUUAGCUUGAUCAAUAGCCUCAGAAAAUGAAAGUCAGUUUGUAAUCUUUACCCCUGGGAUGGGGCCGGGAUCUUUUGAAUUUUUAAAUGUUGUGAUCUUCAUCUCCCAGAAGCUCCAGCCAGGAUGGCCACUGGUAAAGGACUGUGGGAGUGAUGGUCUGAAAAACCAAAGGUUAUCUAUCCCAGUAUCAUACCAUGGCUGCAAUCCUAUACACAUUUAUCUGGGAAUAUGCGUUACUGAACUCAGCUGGAUUUGCUUACAGCAUAAAGCUAUCUCAGGGCUUUUAUGAAUUUCUUUGGCUCAGACCUCUGUGUUUAGGAGACCAGUCUCUUAUCCAGAUGCUUCAGUUGAGAGAGGAGGAGAAGGACUCUAUAUCAAAUGUCCAUUGGUCUGAGAAAGAAAUAUUUUCAUACUUCUAUAAGAAUGCUUUUCUUCUAGUGAAACACUUUUUAAAUAAUUAAUGAUUCACAAGGAAGCUGAGCAAGAAUGCAUGGAUUCAAGCCGGCUCCCAGGUCCCAUUGUGCUAGUGACCUACAUGCUUUCUGGUUUGUCAGAGAACUCCUAGCUUGUUGGUUCUAAACAUGUCCCUUACAGAGUCUAAUAUUGUGCAAACCAUAUAAUAUGUUGAAAAUUGCAGCUAUUGCUUGUUUCUCUCAGUGAUUGCUAAUUAAGACACAUGCUAUCUUUAAGCUAUCUUAUAUAUUCCAGAUGCUUUGGACAACAGCCUGUUACAGUUGCCCAUACCAGCUGCAGCAUCUGAAGACUGGCAUCCAUAACAAGUAGAGGCCAAAGCUCCCCCACUCUUGCCUUAUAGUAAUAGUAUCUUGAUUUUGUGAAUGUGGGUCUUGGUGUACCCCAAAUGACAUCAUACAUGUGGAAGAGAGUGGUGUCAGCACUGUUGGGAGAACCCCAAGAUUUACAAAAGUACUAAAAAACUUUUUAGAAAAUUAGGAUGGCGUGGGGAACCUAAGAAGCCCAAUGAAGACUGAACAUGCUCAUUUGACCAAGAGAUGCUGGCUGAAUGUUGGAGUGGGGGGAAAUAAAACUGGAAGGGAGGAGAAAAUGGGAAUGCAGUUUUUUGAAAGGGCAUGGCUAUCUGGUACUCUAAUAGUAUUCCAUGCAAGUGCUAUUUGUUGUUGUUGUUAUUAUUAUUAUUAUUAUUAUUAACCUUUAUUUAUAACAAAUAUUUAUAUUUGUUAUACAAUACUAGUGAUAUGUCUUAAAGCCAUCUAAGCUAGUAGCUGGGUCAUGACAUCUUUUGUCAGAAAGGAACUAUUUGUGGAUCUAAAAGAGAAACUCAUAAUGUUAGUGUAUAUAAGAAUUAUUAUCUGUAAUUUGCAUCAUGAUCUAGGUAGAAGUAUGCUGAAGACAUACACCAACAAGGGCUGCAAUCCAACAUCCCCUAAGUG